UCCUCCGCUGACAUCAGCCUGCGCCGCCAUAUUGGAGGAGAAGCCGCCUCCGCCAGCUCGGCCGCCGCAGAGGGGGACGCCGGCCCCCGCUGUCUCCGCCUCCCCCGCCGCGGCCGAGCGCCGCUCCCCAUGACUCCCCCCAGCCAGCCGUUGCCCCGGUGCGCGUAGGGUGGAGGCAGGAGCGGCUGCCGUUCCUUCUUCCCGGCUCCGAGCUGUCGCUGAGCCCUUGUCCCUGCGGCGGGCCUCUGCCCUCCCGCCGCCUCCGGCCAUGACUUCCCUGACCCAGCGCAGCUCCGGCCUAGUGCAGCGCCGGACCGAGGCCUCCCGCAGCGCCGCCGCCGACAAGGAGCGGGGGGCGGGAGGCGGCCCGGAGGAUGAAGGCCGCAGGGACGAGUCCGGCGACGACGAGAAGGGCGACUCCAAGGAAACGCGGCUCACCCUCAUGGAGGAGGUGCUGCUUCUGGGCCUCAAGGACCGUGAGGGUUACACAUCAUUCUGGAAUGAUUGCAUCUCCUCAGGAUUGCGUGGCUGUAUGUUAAUUGAAUUGGCAUUGCGAGGACGUCUUCAGCUAGAAGCUUGUGGAAUGAGGCGUAAAAGUCUAUUAACAAGAAAGGUGAUUUGCAAGUCAGAUGCUCCUACAGGGGAUGUUCUUCUUGAUGAAGCUCUGAAACACAUAAAAGAGACCCAGCCUCCUGAAACAGUUCAAAAUUGGAUUGAACUGCUUAGUGGUGAAACAUGGAACCCAUUGAAGUUGCACUACCAACUACGAAACGUCCGUGAACGGUUAGCUAAAAAUCUAGUGGAGAAAGGUGUACUGACAACAGAGAAACAGAACUUCCUUCUUUUUGACAUGACUACGCACCCUCUCACCAACAACAAUAUCAAACAGCGCCUCAUCAAGAAGGUUCAAGAAGCAGUUCUUGACAAAUGGGUAAAUGACCCUCACCGCAUGGACAAGCGCUUGCUGGCACUUGUUUAUUUAGCCCAUGCUUCAGAUGUUCUGGAGAACGCUUUCGCCCCCCUUUUGGAUGAGCAGUAUGAUUUAGCCACAAAGAGAGUGCGGCAGCUUCUGGAUUUAGACCCUGAGGUUGAAUGUAUGAAAGCCAACACAAAUGAGGUUCUGUGGGCUGUUGUGGCAGCUUUCACAAAAUAACUGCAUUCAGACUGAAGCAUUCUCUCUUGUUUCAUGUAAACCAGUUGUUUUCCUUCUAUUGACUAUUCAUGUUUUCUGUAAUUUGUACCUUCUCACAUGAUGAAUCUGCUCUUGUUUAAUGGGGAUUAUAAGUGGUGUAUUCCUUCCUUCUCUGUGUAUCUGUAUACAGGAUUCUGCUGGUACAAGAGACUUUCCUGUUUAAAAACAACAGAAAAAGGUUUUACUGCCAUAUUGGCAUUCCAUUUCCUAUUGUUUCAGUUAUCCGAAAUACUUUGUUUAAUCUAUUUUGCAUCUUAUUGUUGUUGAAGUGGUUUAGAUCGCUGAAGGGCCAUGUUGAAGUAUCUGUCAGGACAUUUUAUACACAGAUGUUUCAGUUGUACUUAACGAACUUACUUUAAAAGCAGAAAUGCCAUUAAUCAGCUUUGUCAAAAGUUCCUGUAAAAUGCCCCAUAAAUUUUACUUUUCAUGUAAGUCUCUUGUGUACUUAUAUUUUCAUUAGAAUGAUCACUGAGUCAUAAGGCUAGAUAGAAAGGUCCUAUUGUUUCAUAAACCAGUUUUGGAAUGGGAUACAUUCCAUUAUAUUGUAUAUAUAGUUCAAAUUGUAUAUUAACUGCCCCAUCCUAGUAUUUUGCAAGACCUACUUAGUUGUACACCUGGUGCCCCUUAUUUACUGUCAGCCAUUGCUGACAUUGAUGGAAAGAAAGGCCUCCUGUAAAGAGCAUGUAUGUGAAAGCUGUUUCCAGUGUCUACAGAGUUUGCCAUCCAGGUAUUCUCAGUCUAUGCAUUGCCUUUGGUAAUUAAUGUACAGAAAGAGAUCACUUCCUAUCAUUGUUUGUACUUUUUUUUUUCUUCCCCCUCCUGUAUGGAAGAGGCUCAUGACCAAGUACUAUUCUUGAGUGCAGUUUUCAACUUUGUACACAAAUUAAUGUUUGUCUCAAUCUUAUUUUACACUUUCAAAAACAAAGUCAGUCCUAGCAGGUGUUGCAUGUAAGUGGUUAGCAAGUAAUGACUGCAGUUCAGAUGACUUAAGAUUUCUGUAAUGGGAUGCUUUGCUAUAUCUUAAAUUUUUAUAUACAGUUAUGCUGAUUAGCACACUAUUAUAAAAAUAUAUAUAAAACUUCGGCUUUUUAAAAUUUAUAGCCUCUUUGCCACUGCUUGUUAUCUCCCAUCAGUUUCACUGUAAAUAUUAUGCAUUGAAAAAAUUAAGCAUUGAUUUAUAUAUUUCUUCUUUCCUCAUAACAGUGCAGAUUUAUAGUGGGGCUUACAGGUGUUUAGAAACUUUUUUGGUUAAUGUUCAGAGCAAGAAUACUAGAUGGUAUAUAACUGUAGAGUUGAAAUUUAAGGGAUCCCUUAAUCUGUAUACUAGCUUUUUACCUACAGUAAAUAAACUAUGAUCUUGAAAGUGCCUGAAACAGAGCAAGCAUGUAAUUCUUAUUUUUUGUGCUAAUUAGGAAGGUUUUAUUGCUUAACUGAAAGCUUUAGUUAAUAUCCUUCUUAUUAGAAAGGGAGAGUUUAUAUUAAGUAGAUCAAACUGACCUAAUCAGCGGUGUCACUCAGAUCUGAAGGAUUCAUGGCUGAGUUACCAUGAGUGUGCAGCUGUGCCUGCCGUGGGUGGACCUCUUCUAUCUUGAGCACAACUCUACAGCCUCAUCUGUGACUGGACUUCUAAUUUUGCAUUUCAUUUUCAAUCAUUUAGAUGCUUAAGUAUUUGACUUUAACAAUUUGUCAUACCUACAUAACCUUUUUUAAUAAAGGUUUUUAAAAAUAUGGUCCUUAACAUUUAAUGGCACAUUGUUCUUUCAUUUCUUAAAUACUGUUUCUUUAGAAAAAUGAAAUUAUAUUGUAAAAUUUCAAACCCUGGUUUACAAAUAAAAAGACAAACAGUGUUCUCAGUUGUAAGAUGCUGUGGUUAAAACUUUGAGGAGCUUGGGCAUGAACUUUGGACGUUUUCUUUUAAGCAUUUCAAAAUGUGAUUGGUUUAAGUGGAGGAAACAUGGAAGUUGCUGUGUUGCUUUUACAUCUCACAGCUUGUAGAAUACUUUCUGUACUUGAUAGUAUAUGCUAACACACUGCUUUCAUUCUCUUUCCUCUGAUCAGUUUUCUUUUUUUCUGUUUCUCUUUGAGAGGAGAGAAAAGUAAGUAGGUGGAAGGGUCAGAAAAAUAGUGGAGUAUCAGGAGCAAGUUAGGUGCACGAAACUUUCGAAGUAGCUUUGAAAAUCUAAGCCACUUGCAGCAUGCUUCAGACUGAAAAUAUCUUUUGUAGUCCCUUUUCUGUUCUCUCAUCUUCGUUCUGUGAGUAUUUUGUAUGUUCCUGCUGGAUUCAUGCUAGGUUGUGGAGUGUAUUGGGGUUUUGUCGCUCUUAUAGCCAACAUGGUUUAAAAGAAGUCACCCUUUAGUCCUUCCCAGAAAGAGGAUAUGGUUUUUUCCUGCCUACAGUAUUUAUCGGCUUUAUUUUCCCUCAAGAUAGAAUAUUUCUCUGUGAUGGGGAGACCUUCUACUGGGUGUAUCAAAGAACUUUCAUGUAAGUAAUGAAGGUUUUGUGAAGAGCAACAGUGGGUUUUGCUAGACGACCUGGUAUAAGGCUGGAUGUGCAGGGGAAAUAGAUCUUGAGUCUUGAGUCCUGUGUUGUGCCUCAGAAAACCUGAAGUCUCACAGGUGCUACCUAACCUUACGUCUAGCAAGAAGGGUAAGACCGGUAGGUUAACAGGAACUGAUUUAGCUAACAUCCUCGCCUUUGUUGCUGUUUCAGGUUGCUAUGUGAUAAAAUGGUUAAACAUGGGAGACUGCUUUGUUCUGCUGAGAUUCAAGUACCUUUUCUUCCUAUAAGCUGCUACUGCAGUUCAUAGAGACCUGGGUUUAAAAUGUUUUUGUCUGCUCUGGGUCCUCAGCUCUCAAUGGCUGAAGUGAAGACCACUAUCUAGCCUGAACUUGAAUGUAUGCCUCAAGGGAGAGCAUACGUUAUUCAGGGGUGCAUUCUUUUAAAACAAACUUUAAAGUUAAUGUCAAUAACAGGCUUCUGACAGUUAAGUCCCCAAGCAGUACAUAUAUAUAUAUAUAUCUGUAGUUUUGCAGUCCUUGAGAUUUACAUCCUCCUCUUCUGUGUUUCUCAAGGUGAUGCUACAGUGCCCCUGUAUGGGAUGCUAGUGAAACCUGUGUGCCAUACACUAUGCCACUGUGCUUUCAAGGCAAAAGUUGCAGAAACUGGCCAUAAAAGGCUGGUGACUGAGUGCUGAUGUGUUCAUGCCCAUUUCUCCUACAAAGUGAAGACCUGUAUUAUCUAAUGUGUUCUCUGUGAACUGGACUGAAUCUGUACUGAAACAAAAUAAAGCACCCUUUCAAGCUA